GUUGCCGGGCAGUCAGCUGGCCGCGGGGCGGGCGGGUGGAGCGGUGUUCGGGGCUCGGUCUGUCGCUCAGGGUGGGAAAGGCGCCCGCUCCGCCAUGGCCGAGACGAUCGCGGACACCCGACGGCUGAUCAGCAAGCCCCAGAACCUGAACGACGCCUACGGGCCCCCCAGCAACUUCCUGGAGAUCGACGUGGGCAACCCGCAGACGGUGGGGGUGGGCCGCGGCCGCUUCACCACCUACGAGAUCCGCGUCAAGACAAAUCUACCUAUAUUCAAAUUGAAAGAAUCUACAGUCAGAAGAAGAUAUAGUGACUUUGAAUGGCUAAGGAAUGAACUAGAAAGAGAAAGCAAGGUUGUGGUACCACCUCUACCAGGAAAAGCACUUCUCCGGCAGCUUCCCUUCCGAGGAGAUGAUGGUAUUGAUGAUUCCUUUAUAGAGGAAAGGAAGCAGGCUCUUGAACAGUUCAUAAACAAGGUUGCAGGCCACCCACUGGCACAGAAUGAACGCUGUCUUCACAUGUUCUUACAAGAUGAAGUAAUAGACAAAAACUACACACCAUCCAAAAUAAGACAUACUUGAAUUCUAAAACUGUCUUCUUAAACAUUAGUGGUUCUUAGGCUUGGUUUUAAGAGGUUAUAGUUGUCUUAGCAUGCUGAGGAUGAACAGGCACGAAGUCUCCAGUAACACCAGUACACUGCUUGGUUCUUUGCAUAUGCUUUAUAGCAUUUAAGAAUCACUUGUCUUCUAGCUAACUCGCUCUGAAUCCUUCAUUUAAGAGUAUUAUACUAUGAGACCAUCCAUCCACCCCCUGCAACAUCUCACAAACCUUUCCACUAUUAUUUGCAAUGACUUAACAAUGUUUACUGACUUGGCCUUACUUGAACUUUCACAAUUGUAGUGUCACGUGUUCACUUGUAUUUGACUAAACUGCUAUGCUGUUUUUGAGGUAGUCACCUGUCUGAAUGUCUGUAGAAAGACUGCUUAUUUCUGAUAUCCUGUGUGAGAAACACUUAUGCAAUUGUCUUCAAGCUUGUAAAACACUUUAUACUGAAGUAAUGAGGGAAUUAUCUUUAUAUCUGUAAAAGGAAAAAAAUCAAAUUUAUAUACUAAAGUAACUUGUCUAAAGUUUUGAAAUAAAAGUGAAAAUGCACUUCAAAUGUUUGUCACUCUUGACUUGAGCGUGGGGUAUCUCAUGCUUUCUGAGAAGCAGGAUUUGACUAUACUAACUGAACUGGUGUUACAGCCUUGCUGUGAUGCUCUUCCACAAUGUAGUUUUGUAUUACUAACAGUGAGCACUAAGAACCCUGAGACAAUGGCACUCACUCUGCAAGUGUUUAAAGAACAUAUAAGGUAUCAAAGGCUGUUUCUGUGGUGUGGAGCCAAAGCUGGAAUACCAUUCAUGGUAGGUAGUCAACAGAUCUGUGACUUUAGUAGCUUUGGGGAAAGAGUACCUUUCUGCUUGGCGUGAGAAGCAUCAGUCUAGCUUCAACUGGCUGGUGAAAACUAUACCAUCCUAUAGAGAAAGGAAUGUUGACAUAACUUCAUUCCUAGAUAAAAGUAGCUCUGCUCUACAAUUACAGUUGGGGACAUGAAAUCCCGUAAGUCUGCUCUGAGAUGUGAUCAUAGCCCACUUCCCAAAAGGAGGGGUAAGCUGCAGCACUGUGCCUGUGUGACCACUGGUGCAAUGCAGAUAGUCAGCAACUGAACUGCAGUUCACAAGCAGCACUUCUGAGGUUGUCUUUUUCAUGAGAAAGAAGUGAGCUGGAGAGGCUUCCUUGGUCUUCCACAUGUGACACACAGUUUACCUAUCCAUCUUGAAAACAGAUGCAAGAAUAUUCCAGUAGCAAUCUGCUCUAGUGUUUUGUGCUGCUUGGUAGCUACAUGUUGGCUUAGACUUGGCUCUGCUGCUUUUUUCUUCUUGCAAUACUACUUAUUGCUGUCAAGAGCAUCCUACAAACUUGCUGACAAAAGUUAUUAGCUUCUUUUUACUAAGGCCACUAACCUCAUUUUUGGAAAUCUGAAUGUCAAAGACUUAACUGACAAAGCAGUGGUGGCCAACUGGAUGAUGUAUAGUACUAGUGAUUAGCUACACUGAAUAGAUAGGUGUUUGAAUAAUUGCUCUUUCCACCUCGUACUUAACUAAGACUGUGCUGAUUCUCUCUAAUGGUCCCACUCAUUAAACUAGGGACCAAAACUGACCGAGUCCACUUGCAGCCCGGGGAUGUCCAGCUUUUCAAGAUGUUUGUGAUAAUGUAAAAUGAUUUCUAAGAUUCCCUGUGCUUGUUGAAUCACACUUAAAAGUUGAAUUACUCUUGAAAAGGGGAACGAAGGGUAAAUGUAUAUGAAGUUUCAUUAUGUAGGUUUAUAUACAGAGUAAGAUGUUCUUUUUCUCUUCUCAAACAUUCUUUUCUGAGAGUGCUUCUCUCAGAAAUCAAAGUAAAUGCCUCAUCUUAUACCUAAAAUAUGAUGACACAGUCUGUAUCAUUUGCCAUGGAAAGAAAAAAAAUAACGCCAAAGAGGGAAAAACUGCAUGCUUGAUGUCAAAGUAUUCCUAUUUCCAAAGUGAGGACUUCAGAGUGUUAGCCUCUGAGAAUUACAGGACUCUGGGAUAUUACCUGACCUUAAGUCCUUUAAAGCUAACUAGAGACCCUAAUUGUAGUGUAGUGUACUGGUUCUGCUUCUGUGCAAUCUGCUGUAGUGGGAACAAGACGUAGUCUGAGAUUAGCUGUGCAUAAACCGCAGGGAUCUGGGCAUUGUUCCCAGCUCGUGAGUCUUUUAAAACAAUUCUGCAACUGGGCUAAAUUCUGCAGGUAAGAGGGUGAGAUAUGGGUGUGCUCCCAUUGUUCUGCCUGUUUUGCAGCUGAAAGAGAGCCAGUACGCUCUGUUUUGUCCUCUAGCUUGGAUGAGGUAGGGACUACAGCACACUGCAGAGCACGGUUGCCUGGUUGCCUUGCAGCAGGGAUGCAGUUUGCAUUUAUUGCUGCUCUGGGACAGCAGCAUGAAUCUUAUUGAAAUGAAUGUUCUGUGAUGGGUUCUGUGCAACACUGAGUUCAGCUUCUUUAGCUUGUAAACUGAAUUGUCACAGAGUAGAGAACCACAGUUGAUUUUUCUGCCCUAUGUGGUUAUUUUUAUUGUAGAGAGCAGAAAAUGGUAUAAGGUUAUUACAGGUGCAGGAAGAAUAGUUUAUAAAGUGUUUGUUGGUUUCUUUUUAAGAAAGUGCUGUGCCCUGUGGUAAAGGCAUUCUCAAGCGGCUCCAUGCUAAUUUGUAGAGAAGAUGUUUUGAGGUCCUGUAGUCUGCGCUUUGUCUCACUGGACUUAUCCAAACACUUGUCUUGUGUACUUUAUGAUCUGGUUGUCUUGGAAAGGAUAGAAUGUGAGACCUAGCAGAGUGCAAAUGGAAGAGAGUUGGGGUAAAAACACGUGAGAAUUUUGAGCUUGGAAGUCAACAGAGCUAGGAUUGCACUCAUGACCCGUACUCCUUGACACUGCAAAUCAAUGAGCCAUUAAUAUACAUUGUAUAUUUCUACCUGUCAUUUUAACAUGCAUGACUCUUCAGUCACUCAUUGCCAUAUGAACAAUGUAUUUCCCUUCUCCUCUUGCCAACUUUUUCUGUUGACUAGGAGUUGCUUACUUCUUUCUUUGCUGUGAUUACACAAUUGGGCACCCUUAAUAAAACCUCAAUCUUUUAAUUGAA